GAUCAGCAUUUUGACCGGCGGACGAGCAUUCCGGCAAAUUGCCUUGUAAAUCACGCGGCACGUCCUGCACGCGUCUUGUUAAAUUUACGAAUCACACGCGAGCAACUUUCGCGUGUGCGAUCGGCGAUCGAUAUCACACAACAAAAGAAAGACCUUUUCCUUCUUGUCGGGAACGGAAGGCGACGCGAUCGUUGUAAAAUCGACACGACAAUCCGACACGCGGCUUCCCGCCGCGCUGUAAACAGUAGUUGCACGCGUUUGUGAGGGAGGCUUAGCGUGCAGGAGGCGCACACAUUUCUACGACUGUCUUGUCCAUAAAAUACUGGUAACACCGGGCGAUAAAUUUUCGGUCGCUUUCGUGCAUACGCGACCCCCGGAUGAACCUGCUUUGUUACUCCGCGGAGUUAACAUUUUGAGCUCGACGGUUAUUUCGCCGACUGGCAAGAAACGUGUACAACAAAAGUGAUAGCGGGAAGGAACAGUUAUACAACAUUCUCAAGGAAGGUAGUAAAGGUAACCACCUUACACAGCGGAGCAUUUUCUACCUUAGUGGUGGCAGCACGUAGGAGGGGUUUCGUAGUGGGGGUUGCUUCUCGAAGGCUUAAAAGGUCUUCUGACGUCCUUGUAACACGCAGUCUUGGAAAUCAAACAUACAAGUUAUUCCGCGUAAGUGGAUCAGAAGUGCGAAGACGAACACAUUUCUCAUCUGACUUUGUCGCCCCCGUCGAACUUUGACCGGUGUGAUUUGGUGCGCGAUAAGAGAUCAAUUUGUAAACAAGAUAAAAGAGGGAAGAGGCUCGCACGGAAGUGAAGUAAAAAACGCUACGCGGGAGAAGAAAGUGAUUUUUUUUGUGAGUCUUCUUUUGAAGAGAAAUUCAGAUCGGUGUGAUUUGUGACUGUAUAAGAGUGAUAAUAAUAUAAAAUAUUAUUUGCAUAACGCAAUCUCGAUCAGGACCAUGAGGGAAGGAUUGGGUAUUCGAGUAAUUGUAGCAAUUCUGCUGGUCAUAUCGAUAUUUUCGCCGCCGAUGUCCGGCGCUCUUACCACUUUCGGGAAGAGCAAUCAGAAUAAUCCGCCUCAAAACCCACCGCAGCCGCCAACACCAGUUGGUAAAGCUCGCGAGUGCAAGAUGGAUAAUGACUGUGCUGGAAUUCAAAAUACUACGUGCAUGUCGGAUCGCAAAGAUGGAAAACUUCGAUGUCUCUGCGGCGAUUACACGGCGCCUCUUAACGGUGCUUGCGCCAAUAAAUAUAAAGCAAUUCAUGCACUUUGCACCAAUAACGACGAAUGUAUACUAAACGCUCAUUGCGUUCAGAGCAACAGUACUAAUAAGGGAAAACGCUGUUACUGCAAGGAGGGAUAUUUCGAAGAAACUCCAAUGUUUUGCAGCGGUUGCUCAUCUGUCUUCACGUUGUACACGACGACUCUUCUUCUGGCUGCUUCGAUCGUGCUAGGAAAACUUAACUACAUAUAAACAUUUUUCUCGAGCUUUCAAUAUUUAUCUUGAAAAUUCUUGAAUCUAAACGAGAUAAUCCUCAGUAGAGAAUCAAUAAUUCUUCGAAACUAACGAAUCAAAGAGAUAUAAUGACUAAAAAUACGCUUACUUAUAACAUACUAAUCUCGUUAAUUUAACAAAAAUAAACAGACGUCCUGAAAUAUUUAAGAGUGAUAAUGCACAUGUUUGUGCGAAAUAGUUGCAAAGUCUAAUCGAAGUCUUUCGACUCGACAAAAAGUACGUAUAUAUAUUUCGGCAAUCGUACACUUUUUCAUAUUUCUCUAGCAGAGAUUCAAUCACUUCUUUUUCGCAACGAUUCGUUUUAAAAUUGAGAGACAUUGCGUCUAUAUAUUUAAUCAUCUUACAAUUAACGUAUCGAUUUACAGAUAAUAGAUCUUAGAGUUGGCCAUAAGAUGUAUAUUGCGAGAGAAAAAUUCAAAUAGUUUUAAUAAUCUUCUAUAAGGAUAAUAUCCGGAGUGGUUUAGAGUUUCCAUUUCAUUCUCAAUUUCAAUUUGUUUGUAACAAAUAAAUGUAUCAGAAUUGUUUUGUUUUUUGUUCUUUUAUAAUUCGAAUAUUUUUUUAAAAAUUCAAGAUGUAAUGUUCGAAUUAGAUUUUACUGACGCAGUAAAUGUUUUACGAAAUUACACUUCUAAGUACGACUUCUUUACUACUUACACAUGGUUUAAUAAAUACAGCGGACACUUAACUCUAAAUGACUCCGUAUGCGAUUGUCAAUCAAUCGUAAGUAAGUAAUCGUUAUUACUUAAAUCGAACAUUUAAGCUAUAGUCCCUACAGUUAAAACAAUAUUGGUGUAGUUUAUUAUUAUUACAAAAUGGCAGUUAGGUAAAUAAGAUAAUAUGAUAUUAGAAUAAAACUGAUUAGCGUAUCAUAAAUAUAAAAUUUUAUCCGUACCACUUGCGCAAAAAAACACACCGCUUGCAGAAAUUUAUUUUACUGGUGUAAUCACAAAAUAAUAAUUUAUUUUAACUAAUAAAAGCAUCGAUAUUUUGAAUAUCAACAGAUGUUAAUACUCAAAAUAAACCUUUGGCCAUACAUACCGUUAAUAAAUUUCUGUAAGGAAUUUCUGCCAUAUUUAAUUACUAUUACCAUAUUGCAAUUUUCGUAUUGUUUUCUAAUAACGAGUGCGAAAUAAUAUAAAAUUAAUGCAAAUACAACUUAUUAUCAGAUUCUUUCAUAGUUUAUCGAAUUUGUCUCGAGCUUUAGAAUUCGGAGGUAAAAAAAUGAUGCUUUAACAAUAAAUUUUUGUAGUGUUUAUGAUUAAGCUUCGCGUUUUAACUGCACCGAAGGAUAAAUAUAUACUUACCAAGAGUGUACACGCACGUAAUAGUAAUAAAUUUAUUAUAAAUUUGUAUGAUAAAAAUAAUAUAGAAUAUAUAACACAAAUGUAAACUACAUUUAUCUUUCCUAUGAUAUACCAAGAUUCUUCGUUGUUAUACAACUUCGUUAACUUAAUUCUGCACAUCACUUUCGCAUUGAUCGUGUAUGUGAAUAAAUGCACUUGGAAUUUCUCUGCUAUAUAUAUAUAUAAUUGUGCAUUUUUAACAAUAUAUCACAAAAAUUUGUUUUACUCCAACUUUUUAACAUUUAAGUGCACAUCUUUUCCAAAACUUUGUAAU